CUUUUCUUGACAACAUAUGCUAUUUUCUGGCUGUUCUGCUGAAAUUUUAUAACCAGGCUUCAACUGAAGAGACAGAGGAAUGAAGAGCCUUUUGCUUCUAUUUGUGCUCUUCACAGCGUUUUCUUCUGCAUUUCCUACAGAACAAAAGAUGGAAGAUGAAGAAAACAUGCACCUGGCUCAGGCAUAUCUCAACCAGUUCUACUCUCUUGAAAUAGAAGGGAGCCAUCUUGUUCAAAGCAUGAACAGGAGUCUCAUGGAUGGCAAACUUCGGGAAAUGCAAGCAUUUUUUGGGCUGACAGUGACUGGAAAGCUGGACUCAAACACGCUGGAGAUCAUGAAGACACCCAGGUGUGGGGUUCCUGAUGUGGGUCAGUAUGGCUUCACUCUCCCUGGGUGGACGAAAUACAACCUCACAUACAGAAUCGUGAACUACACUCCAGAUAUGGCACGAGCUGAUGUGGAUGAGGCUAUCCAAAAAGGUUUAGAGGUGUGGAGCAAAGUCACUCCACUCACCUUCACCAAGAUUUCCAAGGGGGUUGCGGAUAUAAUGAUUGCCUUUCGGAACCGAGUCCAUGGUCAGUGUCCUCGUUAUUUUGAUGGGCCCUUGGGACUCCUCGCCCAUGCCUUUCCUCCUGGUGUAGGUCUGGGUGGAGACACUCACUUUGAUGAGGCUGAAAAUUGGACCAAAGAUGGAGAAGGAUUCAACUUAUUUCUUGUGGCUGCUCAUGAAUUUGGCCACUCACUGGGGCUCUCUCACUCCAAUGAUCAAACAGCUUUGAUGUUCCCAAAUUAUGUCUCCCUGGAUCCUAGCAAAUACCCACUUUCUCAAGAUGACAUCAAUGGAAUCCAAUCCAUCUACGGGGGUCUACCUACGGCACCUGCUAAGCCAAAGAGACCCACUGUACCCCGUGCCUGUGACCCUGAUUUGACUUUUGAUGCUAUCACCACUUUCCGCAGAGAAGUAAUGUUCUUUAAAGGCAGGUACCUAUGGAGGAUCUAUUGUGAUAUCACCGAUGUUGAAUUUGAAUUAAUCUCAUCACUUUGGCCAUCUCUGCCAGCUGAUAUUCAAGCUGCAUAUGAGAACCCUAAAGAUAAGAUUCUGGUUUUUAAAGAUGACAGUUUCUGGAUGAUCAGAGGAUAUGCUGUUUUACCAGACUAUCCCAAAUCCAUCUAUACACUUGGCUUUCCAAGAUAUGUAAAGAAAAUUGAUGCAGCUUUCUGUGACCACAGCACAAGAAAAACCUACUUCUUUGUGGGCAUUUGGUGCUGGAGGUAUGAUGAAGUGACCCAAACCAUGGACCGAGGGUACCCACGGAGGGUGGUAAAAUCCUUCCCAGGAAUUGGUCUCCGGGUAGAUGCUGCUUUCCAACAUAAAGGAUUCUUCUAUUUCUUCCGUAGAUCAAAGCAAUUUGAAUAUGAUCCUAAGGCAAAGAACAUUACCCGAGUGCUGAAGCCCAAUACUUGGUUUCGAUGUAAAGAACCGCUAAACUCAUCAUCUGAUUUUAAUACCAGCGAGGGAAAAGUACAUUCAGGAGGAGUGGAGAUAUUUUAUCAGAAGAAUUUAAACUUGCUUAUUUUCAGUAUUGCUCAUGUGCUGAAAGAAAUCUACAGUUAUUAAAAAAAUUCACAGACCUAAAAUAAAUCUCAAGAGGUCUUUUCAUCUGAAUUCUGCUUCAAAGUAAAAUAAAACUAUUCUUUAACAUCAAGUUGCCCAUCCUACUUCUAAAUAUCUAUUGGAUAAAGAUGCAACAGCCAUUCUGUGAUUCUUUUUACAGAAAGUUAUUAUGUAUAAACAAAAUUUUCUCUGUGCUUUAAGACCAUUUUAUACUUUGUGGGCUUAGAGAAAUAAACCAUGUGUCUUACAAUAACUAAAUACUAGAGACAUGUAUUAAACAAA